AUGGCGUCUGAUCACCCGACGCCUAAAACGGAACGACGAAACAGGAAGGAACGAAGGAACAUCAAGACCAGCAUCACCAGCAACUCCAACUCCAACUCCAACUCCAACUUAGGGAGAUCCAGUCAAUACCGCCAGAAUUUUCUUGGCUCGCUCGAUUCAGACCUUCACGUCGCAAAUUAUCAUCCACGACGUCCACACAACUGUGCCAAGUCAAAAUCACAGAGUCCCGUUUCUUCUUGUUGUUGCCAGCUGCGAACAAGAAGGCACCAACUUCCAAUUUAUCCCUUGAUCCCCAGCGGUGUGCUUCAGAAUACCCAGAGACCUGCUGGUUAA